CGGAGCUGCCCGGCCGGCGCGGGGGCCGCGGGGGCCGCGGAGACUCAAGGCCAGUCGGGGAGCGGCCGCGGACCCUGCGCAGAUCUCGGGCGGCAGGUGCGCCUUCGGGCCCCGGGCGCCGCGGCGCGGGCGGUGGCCGAGGCUGUGGCGCCGCCGGCGCGCCCGAGGAUGCAGGCCAUGGACCCGGCCGCGGCGGAUUUUUAUGAGGAGGACGGCAAGGACCUAGACUUCUACGACUUCGAGCCUCUGCCCACCCUGCAGGAGGACGAGGAGAAUGUGUCCCUGACCGACGUCCUCUCCCUGCGCGACGGCGGCCUCAGCGAGCAGGAGGCCUGGGCCGUGUGCCUGGAGUGCAGCCUGGCCCUGAGGAGUGUCGCCCACUCGGCCCUCUUCCAAAUCCUGUGCAUCACGCCCGACACCCUGGCCUUCAACACCAGCGGGAACCUGUGCUUCAUGGAGCAGCUCAGCGACGACCCCGAGGGAGCCUUCGUCCCCCCGGAGUUCGACGUGACGGGGAACACCUUUGAGGCUCACAUCUACUCCCUGGGGGCCACGCUGAAGGCAGCCCUCGAGUAUGUGACGGAGCCCGAGGCCGAGCCCAAGCUGAGCCAAGACCUGGAGGCGCUGCUGGGCCAGAUGCAGGCAGAGGACCCAAGGGACCGGCCCGACCUCCAGAGCAUCGUGGCGCUGUGCGAGGAGAAGCUGCAGCCCGCCUCGUCCUGCCGCCUGUGCCGGAGCCUCUCGGCCGCCGGGAGGAGGGUGCUGUCCAUCGAGUCCUUCGGCGCGUGCCAAGAUGUCAGUGAGAGCACCUGGAGGGGGAGACUCACUCCAAGAAGUGGGGGGCUGAAGAGGCAGCCGGGGGAUUGCCCUGCUGACCCAGAGGCCACACCUGCCCCAGAGGGCCCGCCCCAGACCCCAGCCAGAGAAGGCCCAGAGCACCCAAGGACCCUGCCUGCCAAGUCUCUGCUGUCGGCCCCUGUGAGAAACGGUGAAAGCCCCGGCCAGGAGGGGCUGGCCCCGGAGAGGCUGGCCUGCCUCAUCCUGGACGCCCAGAGGCCACCAGGUGACCAGGACACGGGCUUCCCGGAGAGAAGCCGCCUCCGGAAAGUGCAGACAUUCCCCCAGCUCCCGCCGGAUGGCGACGGCCCUGAGGCCAGCCCCCUCAGCCUGACGCUGACCAGCGUGAAAAGCCAGCCGCCUGCAUCUGAAUUCUUCCCUCCUGACCCCAAGAAGGCCCUUCCAGAAGGGAUAAAUGGCCCUUCCAGCUUCCAGCCGCUGUGGCCCAAUCGAGAGCAGGGGCUCCAGGAGCAGGGGGCCAGAGGCAAGGGCUGCAGCGAGGAGCGGGGGGCAGGGGUGCCCAGCCAGGGCCCCGCGGAGGAGAGACCCCUGCCCAGUUCCGAGGACCCUCGAGAUGCAAGCAGAGACCCAGGGACUCCCGAGGCUGAUGACGAGAUUCGAGCCGGAGCUGGGGAGCCAGGCAGCGCAGCCACGGAGCAGGACGUCUCCCUGCAGGACCUCCUGUCCAAGCUGGGCCGGCCCUUCAAGGAGUACGAGCUGUGGGCUCUGUCCCACGCGUGCCUCAGCACCCUGCGGACCCUCGGCGAGCACCCAGCCUACCUGUGCCUGGACUCCGUGCUGGUGGCCGAGGAUGGGGCCGUGCUGUUCCGGCCACCUCUUGCCAAUGGUGCUUACAACUCGUUCUUUCUGGCCCCCGAGGUUGCAGAGCAGAAGCUGGUGACGGAAAAGGCCUCCGUGUACUGUGUGGCUGCGGUCCUGUGGACGGCAGCCAAGUUCAGCCUGCCCCGAGACCACAAGCUGGCCCUGCCACGCAGGCUCAAGACCCUCCUCUUGGACAUGGCCAGACGCAGCACCCAGGAGCGGCCGUCUGCCGCCGAGGCCAUCAAGGUCUGCAGCGGCUACCUCCUGCAGCGAGGCAUGGACAGCAGAAAGAUCUUAGCCCACCUGCGGGAGUCCACCUGUAAGGUCUACCAGGAGGACGAGAUCAUCGGUCUGCACGACGCGCUCUCGGUGGUUGAGCUGAACCCCAUUGAGGCACCUGCACCCAGGCGGGGCUCAGGCUUCAUGCGGGUCAGCAGCGAUACCAGCCUUGUCGCCAUGCAGGGGCCAGUGCCCAGCCAGCCCUCCUGCCUCCAAGCGGCGACGUUGCUGCCAGCAGCCUUCACCUCUGAGGCCACUCACUAUAAGCCCAUCGUUCUCACUCCAGACACAGGUGUCGACAGGGACUCGCUCGCCCUGUCCAUGGGGCCGGAGGAGGGGAGAGGCUGGCUGGACCGGGUGGGUGACGGGAAGCCAACUCCUGAGGCCCACGGAGCGGCCACUGGCCUGAAGACCCUGGACCAGCCAGAGCCUGGCCCCCCAGACCCCCUCAGAGAGUCAGUGCCAAGAGAUGCAGCCAAGGGGCCCCCCUGCCCCCCACCCCCUGUCCCAGCCAGCCCACCCGAGGGGGCAUCACUGGCGACGCCCAAGCGCUUAGCCCCUGCCCCACCCCUGAAGGCCCAGAGGCCAUCCCCAGAGCGAGGCCCAGAGGAGCCCAUCCCCAGCGGAGCCCCCGGAGGCCUCGGGCCCUGCCCCCAGGGCCCCCCCACCCCUCUCAGCCCACACCCUGCAGCCCAGCCGCCCAGGAGUAAGGCUGCCCCCGGCCCAGACCAGGAGCCCGAGGUUCCCCCAUCAGCCCCACGGGGCCCCUCCCCGGCCACAGUGAAUCCAGACAGCCCCGGGGGGACCCCUGUCAGGGAGCAGGAAGGCCAGGCCCCAGAAGGUCACCCCGAGCGGCCCCAGCCAGCAGACCGCAAGCUCUGUCUGUCCAGCCUGGACACUGCACCCCUCCCGAAGGGGACAGCCUGCCCGUCGCUGCAGGAGGCCACACGCCUCAUCCGGGAGGAGUUUGCCUUCGACGGCUACCUGGACAACGGGCUGGAGGCUCUGAUCAUGGGGGAGUACAUUUACGCCUUGAAAGACCUCACCUACGCCACUUUCUGCGGGGCCAUAUCGGAGAAGUUCUGUGACCUCUACUGGGGGGAGAAGCUGCUGCAGAGCCUGUUCCGGGUGGUGAACGGGAGGACCGCGCCCCCGGAGAACACUUCUGAGGAGGCCGGGUCACAGCCCGACGGUGACGACGGGCCCAGCGCUCUGCAUAGCGGCUCGCCGUCCAGCAGACGGCCCUCUCCUCUCGGGACGGGGAAGGAGAAGCCGGACGCGGACUCGGAUGAGCGCUCACGGGGCAACUUCGAGGUGGCGUUUCGGCCUCAGAAGUCGGUAAAAGCCGGGAGGGAGCCGCGGCCCGAGGCGGGCGGGGACCUGGCCUCGGGUUCUGAGGCGGUGGCCCAGCCGGCCAGGCCCGCAGAGGGCAGCCCGCGCGUGAACCCCGGCCCGGCGGCCUUCCAGAGCUGCUGCCCCGGCUGGUGCAGCGCCUUCUACGAGGCCGACUGCUUCGGCCCCGACGUGCACAACUACGUGCAGGAGCUGGCGAGGCGCAAGGCCACCGGGUCCCCGGACGCCCAGAACCCGGAGCUGGAGCAGCAGCUCAUGAUAGAGAAAAGAAACUUCCGGAAGACCCUCAAGUUCUACCAGAAGCUCCUACAGAAGGAGAAGAGGCACAGAGGCUCCGAGGUGAAGACGAUGUUGUCCAAACUGAAGGGGCAGCUGGAGGAGAUGAGGUCCAAGGUGCAGCUCCUCGGGCUGGUCAAGAAGUACCUACAGGUCCUGUACGCCGAGAGCUGGGGCCUGGAGCCCUGCGCCCUGCCCGUGAUCGUGAACAUCGCGGCCGCGCCCUGCGACGCGCUGGGCUUCAGCCCCCUGGACGAGUCCUCGUCUCUCAUCUUCUACGACGUCAGCAAGCAGCCGCGAGGCAGCCGGCAGAGGAGGGCGCGCGUCCUGCAGGCCGGCACGCCGCUGGGGCUCAUGGCCUACCUCUACUCCAGCGACGCCUUCCUGGAGGGCUACGUGCAGCAGUUCCUCUACACCUUCCGCUACUUCUGCACCCCCCACGACUUCCUGCACUUCCUGCUGGACCGCAUCAGCAGCACCCUGUCCAGGGCCCACCAGGACCCCGCCUCCACCUUCACCAAGAUCUACCGGCGCAGCCUCUGCCUCCUGCAGGCCUGGCUGGAGGACUGCUACACCGUGGACUUCACAAGGAACACGGGGCUCCUGGGGAGGCUCCAGGACUACCUCUCCUCCCAGGUCCUGCCCCUGGACAGCUCCGCGGAGCACCUGCUGAGCCUCCUGGAGGUGGGCACGGAGCGGCGGGCCGAGGGCACCCCCCGCAGCGCAGACCUGGAGGACCCCAAGGAGGCGGAGGACACCAGGCCCCUUGCCGCCCUCUGCAAGAGGCUCUCGGAGGACGGUGGCUCCCGGAAGGCCUUCCCCUGGAGGCCGUCCCGAGGCAACGGGCUGGCGCUGCCCCACCACAAGGAGCGCCCAUACACCAUCGCGUCGGCCCUGCCCAAGCCCUGCUUCUUUGAGGACGUCUAUGGCCCCUACGCCAAGGCCAGCGAGAAGGGGCCCUACUUUCUGACUGAGUACAGCACCCACCAGCUCUUCAGCCAACUGACGCUGCUGCAGCAGGAGUUGUUUCAAAAGUGCCAUCCUGUCCACUUCUUAAACUCACGGGCCUUGGGCGUCACAGACAAAAGCGUGGCCGUCCAAGCCAGCUCCUCCGAGUCCCUGUCGGCCAAAACCUGCAGCUUAUUUCCGCCUAAUUACGUCCAGGACAAGUACCUGUUACAGCUUUUAAGAAGCGCGGACGACGUCAGCACCUGGGUGGCCGCCGAGAUCGUGACCAGCCACACAUCCAAGCUGCAGGUAAACUUGCUCUCCAAAUUUCUGCUGAUCGCAAAAUCUUGCUACGAGCAGAGGAACUUCGCGACAGCCAUGCAGAUCCUGGGCGGCCUGGAGCACCCGGCCGUGCGACAGUCCCCGGCCUGGAAAAUUCUACCCGCAAAGAUAGCGGAGGUCAUGGAGGAGCUGAAAGCCGUGGAGGUCUUCCUGAAGAGUGACAGCCUGUGUCUGAUGGAAGGGCGGCGUUCCCGGACCCAGCCCACCCUGCCCUCCGCUCACCUCCUGGCCAUGCACCUCCAGCAGCUGGAGACAGGGGGCUUCACCAUGACCAACGGGGCCCACAGGUGGAGCAAGCUCAGAAACAUCGCCAAGGUGGUGAGCCAGGUCCACGCCUUCCAGGAGAACCCCUACACGUUCGCUCCCGACCCCAAGCUGCAGUCCCACCUCAAGCAGAGAAUCGCGCGCUUCAGCGGAGCCAACAUCUCCAUCCUGGCCGCGGACAGCAGGGCCAGCCCCCGGCAGGUGGCCAGCGAGAAGCACCCCAGGAAGAUUCAGGACAAGUUACGGAGAAUGAAGGCCACGUUCCAGUAGCGGAGGGGUGGCAGGGCUGGGUGUGGGGCUCCCGACCAGAGACAGACUGGGUGGGAGGGCUCUGUUUCGACGGGGUCCCCCGUGGCCAGCGUGAAAGGGGGGGCCCAGGGCUGGGGGGUGGGGAGGCAGAGCCCAGUGCAGAUGCAAACCCGAGAGCCCGCACCAGUAGAGACCCAGGGAAGUUCCUACUAGCAUUUAAAAAUUACAUUUUGGAAGUUCCCGUCAUGGCGCAGCAGGAACGAAUCCUACUAGUAGCCAUGAGGAUGCAGGUUCGAUCCCUGGCCUCACUCAGUGGGCUAAGAAUCUGGCGAUGCCAUGAGCUGUGGUGUAGGUCACAGACGCAGCUUGGAUCCUGCAUUGCUGUGGCUGUGGUGCAGCUGCAGCUCUGAUUCAACCCUUAGCCUGGGAACUUCCAUAUUCUGCAGGUGCGGCCCUAAAAAGACAAAAAAAAAAUUAAAUUUAAAAAUGUAAAUGAAAAUAGGGUAAGUAAACCCCUCAGGAACCGACCACCCACUUAUACUUCUCAGAGAUAAACAGCUCUCACCCAGUUCUCGGGUGAUCAGGCCUGCCCCCCAGAAACCCCAUGCUCCCACCCAGCUCGGACUCUAAACCAGGUGCCCACUCCGCAGCGUUUCCGUGAGUCUGGCCCACAUCUGCCCAACAAAGGGCCAAGACUGCCCUCUGACCUCCCCCAUGCCAACCACGGAGUCCAAGGGGCUCUGAAACCUUCCACUGGGCCCCUGAGGCUUCCUGGGAGCCCACGCCCACCCUGGGUUCACGCACCAGAUUCACACCCCUCCCUGCCGGACCUCCCUCCUCGGGACCCCUUAGCUGCUCGAGUGGCUCAUCCCGUCCCAGGUGGGGAGCCAGAGCUUCGCAACCCUCCAGCCAACAAGCCUGGUGUUGCCUCCAUCCCGGCGCGGCCUCCUGCUGCCAGCAGGUGCCCCACAGCUCCACACUGACAACCCCCAAGUGCCCCCGGGCCCUGUGCGCAGCGCUCCCAGUUCCUGGUGGGGCAGGUGCCCCCAGGCCAAGGCUCUGCUUCCAAAGAAUGCAGGACUCAGACGCCAGCUCCAAAGCAGAGGCGGCUCCAGGAGCUGAGAAUGUCCCUCUGUGCCACCUGGGGGCUGUAGGGCCACAGCCACCUGUCCCUCUCUUCAGCAGCCAUGCAUGCGAUGCACACACCCGGGGCUGGCUGUCACCAGUGCCUCCGGAGGGCUGGUGAGGACAUGAAGUUUGCGGCCUCAGGGACAGCAAGCUCCUCCCUGGGGUCCCAACUGCCGGGGUCAGCUCUGCGCCAUGGGCGAAGGACGCGCUUGGCCAGGGCCCGGGGACAGGACAGUGGGUCACAUCCCCACAGCGUAACUCGCUGGCAUCACCCGGGCACCACCGUCUUCAUGUUGCGAAACUGCUGCAAAAGACCCAAGACUGUUCUUCUGAGUUUUAGAAAGUAGUGGUUCUUUAGAGCAACUAGCUAGUGAUACUUCUAGAAAACCGUGACCUGUGAUAAAACACUGACUUUUUAACGUCAAGAAGCGUUUUCCCAAAUACAUUUCAUCUGCAGCAUCUCGGUCCUGCUUGCACUCCUGGCCGUGCAAACGGGGGUCAUUAUUUUUAGGCUUUUAUAUGAGACUCACGCUCUGCGAACCAACUCCUCCGUUUCCAGAAUUUGAGUUCAACAAAGGCAGCGUCGCAGCACCUGAAGCGAAGUCGCAGUGUCCGUGCCAGUGAACAUCCGGCUGUAACGGCGGACGGGGCCUUCGGCUUCGGCACUGGCCGCGUGUCACCCCAACGCGGCCCGCAUCUCCGAGUAAAGUCUUUUCUACCAAGGCA